AUGAUUCAUCCAAAAUUCAGAAGAAAAUCAAGUAAUUUUAGACCUAAUCUUUACUAUGAUAGUGCUUUGAUUCAAAGUAAAACCGAAUUCGAAUUGCUUCCUGUUAUAACACUUAUCAAGAUAUUUUCUUAUCUCAAUACCACUGAUCUUUUGAGUAUUUGUCUUACCAGUAGAUUGUUCUAUUUACCGGCGAUUAUCAAUCUAUACGAGAAGAUUAUCAUUAUCAAUGAUGAUGAGACAUUGAUCAAGUUUGUGAAGAAUAUGGUUGAUUAUGCCGAUUUGGGGACCAUUGUUAAUUUCAAGAACAUCGACAAAUUGUUAGGAGUUAUUGAACAUACGGAUAAAGUUGGUCGUCACAUUAAACGAUUGAUUAUUUUGAAUGAUAAGAUUGAUUUUGAUAAUGAUAGUAAUUAUUUAAAGUUGCAAACAUUGAUAAGUAAGAUUCAUCUCAUACAAUUAAUCAACCCUUCAUUGAAUAUCAAUCGGUUAGAAUCAUUGAAUUUGAGUACUUUGAAGUAUUUAUCUAUUACCAUUAAACAAGAUAAUCAUAAAGCUUUUGAUAUCAAAUUACCAAAUUUAAAAGCUUUAAAGGUUUAUUAUGAAAACAAAGAAUUCAACAAAGUGAAGUUUCAAAUCUUAGCAAAGAAUCUAGUCAAGAACAAGAUCAUUGACAAUUUAAACAAAUUAGAAUUCGAAGAAUUGAUUGUUAAAGAUUUGAAAUUAAUGAAUGAAAGUAAUAAUAAUUUACAAUUAGCUAUUUGGAUAGAUUUCUUCAUUGAAUUGAAUAUCUUGAAAUUUCAAAAGUAUACAAGCUUAACCACUCUUUCCAUUGAUGGGUUCAUAAACAAUCAAGGGUAUCAAAUAUGCCAAUUAAUGAAUCUAAUCUUUGAUUUGAAAAAUCUUCAAGUUUUGAAAUAUAAUAUCAAAGAGUUCAGUCAUUUGAAUGAAGUUCAUUAUGAAAAUGAUCAUAAUCUUCUUAUUAACUUACUAACAUCAUCCAAUUUGAAAUGUUUAAUGAUAAAUCCAACAUUUGAUUGUUUAACUUGUCAAUUAAACAUGAUCUUAAAAAUGCUUAAAAUGGUCCAACUCGACACUCUUGAUUUGAAAUUCGAAUUCUUGAAUCUAGAUAAUGUUAAACAGUUGAUAACAUCUAUCAAUAACCAGUCCAAUUUGAAGCAACUCAAAUUAUAUGAUAAAUCCAACGAGUUUGCUAACGAACAUGAAUUCAAAAAACUUAUAGGUGAUAGGUUCAAUGAUUUUGAGAGAAUAAACUUCAAUUUACAACUCCUACAAAAGUAUGAUGCUAUAGAUUAUCAAUUCGAUAGGAUUUCUAUGUUUGCAUUCAAUGAGUUUUAUAAAUCUAAUAGUGAUAAUAUCGCAGAGUAUUUAAAUAAUUAUUUGAAAGUCAUAGGAUUAGAUAUCAAACAGUUCAAACAGUUGAAUAAGUUAAAUGUUAAUAACAUUGGAUUAAUGAACAAUAAUGGGUACAGGUUGAUGAAUAUUGAACAAACUCCAGUAAUUAUUGAAUAG